CUGAUCACGGAACUCACAACUCGUCUCUCUUGUAUUCCACACGGCAUCGAACCUGCCUAACUCAGUUUCCUUUCCUUCCUACAAGCGCCACCUACCGGCUUCCUGUUCCAGAUGGGCAACAAUCCUUCCAAACCCCCUGCCGGAGAUGCCCAAUCGCCGUCGGCUCCCUCGGCCGCGGCGGGGGACAAGAAAUUAGCUCGCCGGUCAUCGAUUCAUACACCAUCGGGCACCACCAAGGCCUCCGCAGCCGACCCCUCCGCCACCAGAGAAACUGCAACGGGCCUCCCGACCUCCCAAGUUCAGCCUUCCGUCCAGCAGCGUUUACAAUCCCGCAAUGUCACAGAUCUGCCGACGCGGAACCUAGAUCGGCCAGACCGUCAGGUUCCAAAGAAGCCAGAUACUCGCUCCAGAGACAUUCCUGCGCCUGAUCCGUCCAACCCCGUCCAAGUUCCGGGAUCCCGGGCAGCUGCAAAACGUGACCCUGUAGCACCCUCUGGCCCUCCUCCCCAUGCCUAUUACAGCGCCUCUGUUCAUCUUCAGCGCCCACCGCGGAUGCCCCUGCCCAUUGGAGAUGCCACGGCCACCCCCGGUUCGCCCAUCAUUGGUCCGGAGGACUCGUAUAUGGGAUCGGUUGCACCCGACCAUCUGCUGGAUGAACACCGCGAUUCGAAACAAUCUGCCGUAGCUGGCGCCACGGUCGAUGACGAUGAGGCAUUGGAUGAACUUCAACCCUAUACUCCGAGCGGCGUGGGAAGAGCUGUGCCGACCCUGAUAGAAUGGACUGCUCCUGGUGAUAAGGUCUACGUUACGGGAACGUUUGUGAACUGGGAGAAGAAAUUCCGUUUACAUCGGAGUGAGAACAACCCCGGCGUCUUGUCCACGAGAUUGAACCUCCGUCCAGGCACGCACCAUUUGAAAUUUAUUGUCGAUGGUGAAAUGCGCGCUUCAGAUAAUCUUCCCACAGCAGUCGAUUUCACAAAUCACCUCGUCAACUACAUUGAAAUCAGUGCUGAUGACGUCAACCGGUCACGGAGAGAAAGCGAUAAGGUCCCUGAUGGCGUUCGACCUCCACAGGUCAUUCCUGGACCGGUCGGGAAUGAUCAAGUGGGGUCCACAGUGGAGGAACAGUCAGACAGAGAAGAGCCCGAGGAAAUCCCGUUGGGUGACUUCCGUGGUGUUAUCCCACAAUUUCUGCUUGAUCUAGAUCGUGAGGAAGAAACACCCGAGUACCAGCAAGCUGUGAAUAUCGUUGGGGAUGCGCCUACACCGCCGAGCCUUCCGCUGUUCCUUGGCAAAUCAAUCUUGAACGGCACCACACCCAUGAAGGACGAUAGCAGUGUUCUUAACUACCCUAACCACACCGUCCUAAACCAUCUCGCCACUAGCAGUAUAAAAAAUGGUGUGCUUGCCACCAGUGUAACGACCAGAUACAAACGGAAGUACGUCACAACGAUAUUGUACAAGCCGACAGACGAUAUUACAGGUUAGCCUGUCAAUGGGAUAAGGUGCCC